AUGGCGCCCGAAGUAUUUCGCGACUUUAACAAAAAUCCCGACAGAGACCGCGCGUGCACGACGGCCGCCGACAUCUUUUCGUUUGGCGUCGUCGUCACGGAGGUGCACACUUACAACGAGCAGUACGCGGCCCAAGGCAACGCGAGCAACGUCGUUGACAUGGUGCACGCCCGCCGCCUCUGCCCCAAACUGCAGCCCAACUGCCCGGCCUCGCUAAAAAAGCUCGUCUGCGUGGCCUACGACCCAACGAAGCGACCGACGGCCCAGGCGAUCGUGCGCUACCUUGUCAAGCACAUGUUGGAGAACGCUGACGAGCUUGACCGUGAUGCGUUUGACGAUACCAUCAACGACAAGGACGACGAUCUGGCACCCGAGCCUAUUGUUGUGAACAACCUUCAAUCGCCGAGGCAGAGCCGUAGCUUCGCAUCGUGCCCUUAA